AUGUGGCUGUUACGGGUGAAUUUGCUUCUCAUUACGCUUCUUAGCGUAGGAUUGUCGCUGUCAAGCGCACAACAGGCGUCGUCCAGCCCGAGCAUCGUUUUUAUCAGCCCGGAGCAGAUCAAAGACAUUGGCGAGCAAGUGACGCUUAACUGUUCGAUCGCGAACGUGAAGAACUACAUCGUCGGCUGGCAGAAGAGCAACCGGGAUCGGACGAAGGAAAGUAACAUCAUCUCGCUCGGUGUACAGCUGGCCGUUACGGAGGAUCGGUUCCGGCUGAACUUUACCAAGGAAAACAAUGCCGCCAACUAUGUGCUGGAGAUUCACGAUAUCGUCAACACCGAUGCCGGUUUGUACGAGUGCCAGAUUCAGGUGAACAGUACGAGCAAGAUCACGAAGACGGUCGAGCUGCAGGUACGGCAUCCACCGAUGCUGCUCGAGAACCAGCACACGAACACGCUCACCAAGGCGGAAGGUGAAGACGCACAGCUGGUGUGCCGUGCCGAAGGAUACCCACGCCCUUCCAUUACCUGGCGCCGCGAGUACAAUGCUAUCCUGCCGAUCGGUGGACAAACAUACACCGGCAAUGAGCUACGCCUGAACGGGCUUCGUCGGGAGGACCGUGGUACGUACCACUGCACGGCAGAUAACGGUGUCGGUCGGACCGAUACGAAGACAAUCACACUCGAGGUCGAGUUUGCACCGGUCAUUCGUGUGCCCCGGCCAAAGGUAGCUCAAGCAAUCGAUUACGACAUAGACGUGGAGUGUGUGGUACAGGCAUUUCCGGCUCCGGCCAUCGCCUGGUACCGCGAUGGCAAACAAAUCCACAACGGUGGUUCGUACAGUAUCUCGCAGAUCGGAUCACCGGAUGAUGUAACGACGUCGGUGGUGAAGAUAUAUUCCGUUGCGUCCGAACAUUAUGGCGAUUACGUGUGCAAGGCCACCAAUAAGGUCGGACAAGCUGAAGCUCGGUUGAAUCUGUUCGAGCAAAACGUUCCCAACAUUAAUUAUUCCGGUUUGAAAUGGGCUAACGGAGGCACCUCGAUGCGGAAAGUAGUGCUCGGACAUAUUCUUAUUGUUGUAACAACGUUACUGUUAGCAACGCUGUUGUGA